AUGGGUCUGUUGCUUUCUGUGAUAGCGCCCGUCUCCGGGGGCGACGGCUGGUCCGUGGCGGUGCCGGUGGAGGUGCGCGCGCUGCAGGGCGACGCGGUGCUGCUGCCCUGCAGCUUCAGCCACCCGCCGCACGCGCAGCACGCCGCGCUGCGGCUGCUGUGGCUCCGGGGCCACGGCCCCGACGCCACUGUGCUGCUCCGCUGCAGCUGCUGUGGCUCCGGGGCCUCCGCCUGCGAGCCGGGCCCCCGGCGGGACCGGCGGUACCGACUGGAGGGGAACCCCAGGGAGCACGACCUGUCCAUGAGGAUCAGCGGCGCCGCCCUGCAGGACAGCGGCCGCUACUACUGCCGGCUGGAGGUCAUGGGGCGCGACCCGGUCAGCCUCCAGGACGAGAUGGGGACCCGGCUGAGAGUGGAGGCUCCUCCUAGGAUCCUGCUCCCCCCAGGCUCCUCCGAGAUCCUGUCCUUCUUCACCCUUGUGUCCUCCGGGUCCUCCCCAGCUCCUCCUAGGAUCCUGUCCCUCCUUCACCCUUCUCCUCCCAGGAUCCUGUCCCCCUCCUUCCCCCUUGUGUCCUCCGGCCCCAGGAUCCUGUCCUUCUCCUUCACCCUUGUGUCCUCCAUCCUCCCCAGCUCCUCCAGGGAUCCAGUCCCUGUCCAGGGUCCUCCUGCCGGACGUCCCAGUGGCCCGCCUGACGACCUGUGGGCUGGCUCCGCCCGCUCGGGCGGCUCACUUCCUGUCCGCAGCCAGCUGAGCGUCGUGGAGCCGGGCCGGCGCUACACCUGCAGCGCCUCCAACCCGCUGGGCAAGGAGCAGGCCGCCUGUACUUCCUGCCCUCUGCCCCUGCCUGGGGGCGGGGCAUCACCUCUCCUGCUCCUCCUGUUCCUGUCUCUGGGGCUCAAGCUCCUCCUGCUGGGCACGGGGCUGUGGACGCUGCAGGCAGCCUGUUGGGCAAUCAUCGCCUGA